AUGCCCAAGUCAUCUCCGCUCCGCCGUCUCCUCCUCGACCGAUGCGCGCCCCACCGCAUCUCCACCGCGGCCCUUCGCGUUUAUUACUGCAUUUGCGGCGAGUUUAUCCUCGUCAUCGACAAGAGCCUGACCGCUCUACCGCGCAGACAGACUGAUGGCGCGACCGAGCCAAUCCUCGUGGACGCGAAGGCGGGCACGAGAAGCAAUACAGAUUUCACUGCCCGCGAUGCGCCCUGCAAGUUGCGUAUCAGUCCACACCGCCGCCCGCAAAUCGGGCCCCUACCUUUACGUCUCAAGGGUGCACUCAGCCUCAUCCAAGGCCAGGUCCCCGCGGACGCGUUCGAGGACGAGAAGCUCGUCGCUGUAGCUGCGUAA